UUAUUAAUGAAGAUUAUCCUUUGCUGGUAAUAUGCAGAUGAAGAAGCUCAAUUUAAUGAUGAAAAAAAGCGACUCGGAUAAUUGUCAUCAAUGCCACAUUCAAGGCUUAUCGGUUGCAGGACUACGGCUUCCCAAAGCAAACCUUAGCCAUGAGUAUCAACUGAAAAAAGCGGUAACUGCAAAUCAUCAGUAUUUGAUAUUCACCGAAGCUGUUCAAACUGUUCGUACAAGCUUUGUUUGUGUUAUAUGCCAGGAUGUUAGAAACGGCUUUGUUUCUGACUGUAAACUGACAAAUAAAGGUAACAUUAUUUGUCCACCUCAAGGCAUGGGAUGGGGGGGUGUGGUCCUAGGAUUCUGGAGUUGAAGUCCACAUAUCUAGUUACCUGGAUAUCGUAACUGCUAAUGAAAGUAUUAUAGUCCAUAUCUACAAGGACUAAUGAGGAAACAAGCGACUCAAAUAAUUGUCAUCAGUGUCACAGAAACGACAAAGAAAUUGUUAUGCAAUGCCCCAAGUGCAAGCAGAAGAAUAACACACAUUCCCUGUUUCUGGGUUAUUUUUGGCGAAAUCCAAUAGGGUCAACAACCUGCUUAAAUUGGUGCAAGGAAACUAUCAACAUGCACCAGUUUUUCGAAGGAUAUGUUGAAGUUCUCCCCUAAGAUUGUAGGUCGGGAUCAAAAUUUCGAAGUUCGAGGACUGACUGAAUCGUUAGAUCCUAGGCCGCAAGCAUUGCACACAUCCAUUUGCACCCCGGUAUUGGCAUCAGAAUGUACACGGGAAUCCUACUCAGAUGAGAAAAAGGUUGAUGGAGGUGAUGAAAUUGGCUCUUGAAAACAAAGGCUUCCACCGUUUUCAACCGCAUAUGAAAGACUAUCUUUUAAAACAGAUUACAUGCCUUGCUAACAAAAUAAACUCCAUUCCAGAGUCGUAUUCGUCUUAGUGACAACAUGAAAGAAGGAAUUUAUAUAUAUAUAUAUAUAUAUAUAUAUAUGUGUGUGUGUGUGUAUUGGCAAAAUGAACUUUGCUCCCUUGUACUAAACUCCAUUGUAGAGUUUUACUCGUCGUCUUACUGACAACAUGAAAGAAAGAAUUUUUUUAUUUA